GGCAUGGGGCUGGGGAUGGGGACUGCGGCGGCCGGGGAAGGGGCGCGCAGCCCGAGCCCCGCCGCCGUGUCGCUGGGCCUGGGCGUGGCGGUGGUGUCCAGCCUGGUGAACGGGUCCACGUUCGUGCUGCAGAAGAAGGGCAUCGUGCGUGCCAAGCGGCGGGGCACCUCGUACCUCACUGAUAUUGUGUGGUGGGCAGGCACAAUCGCAAUGGCUGUGGGCCAGAUCGGCAACUUCCUGGCAUAUACGGCUGUCCCCACGGUGCUGGUGACGCCCCUUGGUGCCCUUGGAGUGCCAUUUGGCUCUAUUUUAGCCUCUUAUCUUCUGAAGGAGAAGCUCAACAUCUUGGGCAAGUUGGGGUGUCUGCUGAGCUGCGCGGGCUCUGUCGUGCUGAUCAUCCACUCCCCGAAAGCUGAGAGCGUGACCACACAAGCAGAGCUGGAGGAGAAGCUGACCAAUCCGGUGUUUGUGGGGUACCUGUGCAUCGUCCUCCUCAUGCUGCUCCUGCUCAUCUUCUGGAUCGCCCCGGCGCACGGGCCCACCAAUAUCAUGGUGUACAUCAGCAUUUGCUCCCUGCUGGGCAGCUUCACCGUGCCUUCCACCAAGGGCAUCGGCCUGGCGGCCCAAGACCUGCUGCACAACAACCCGUCCAGCCAGCGCGCUCUGUGCCUGUGCCUGGUGCUCCUGGCCGUGCUGGGCUGCAGCAUCAUCAUCCAGUUCCGCUACAUCAACAAGGCCCUCGAGUGCUUCGACUCGUCUGUGUUCGGCGCCAUCUACUACGUGGUGUUCACCACGCUGGUCCUGCUGGCCUCGGCCAUCCUCUUCCGCGAGUGGAGCAACGUGGGCCUGGUGGACUUCCUGGGCAUGGCCUGCGGGUUCACCACCGUCUCGGUGGGCAUCGUCCUCAUCCAGGUGUUCAAGGAAUUCAACUUUCACCUCGGUGAGAUGAACAAGUCGAACAUGAAAACAGACUAGGCGUGCGGAGCCAGGCCGGGUGGGCCGGGGGAAAGCAGGAGGUGCAAGUGGUCGUGUAGUCUUCCAUUCAUGUGAGGUGCAAGAGACCGAAAAGGUCUUAGCCUGGCCUAUGGGAGCUGUGGGGGGGAACAUCUGGGCACCUCCUUUCUUCCUUGAGUCUCUGAGGGAGGGAGCGAAGAAGGUUCUGGUGUGUUUAGGUGGAAGUUCUCAAAAAUUCCCUUCCCUUUCGACGCAUUUGAGCAUUGAAAUGGAGAACAGAAAUGGGGUUUUUGUUCUGGUUGACUCUUAUGGGGUGGAGGGUAGGGGAAAUCAAAGGAUCAGAGGCUCCUCAGCUGAUGGCCUUUGGGAAGGGGAGAAAGGGUCGUCUGGACAUCCGAGGCCACGCUGCCCGUGUGUCUUGGUUGUGUUAUUUCGCUUGAUGCAUGAUCGCAUCCGGGUGCAACAUCUAAUACCGAGGUCACGUCCACGCCAUUGUUUUUAAACCCUUCUUCCGAGCUCUUCCAUACACUGUCCCCCAGCUCUGAGGCAUUUUAUUUUUCAAAUUGUAAGCAUAUCGAGAGGGGUGAAGGGAAUUGGAGGGGACCUUCCGUUUUGCAGAACAACUGUUCGAUAGCUCAAAUCAAUUUCAGUGCCUUUAUCACUUGGAACUAUUCACUUCUUUCAAUGAUUACCAUGUGUGUUUGGUCACUUAGAUUAAUGCAGCUUCCCUCAGCGAUAACUUUAGUACUUCACUCUUAGAAGGAGAGAGCCGUGAGAAAUGAUCCAUUCACACUUGUGGCAUGUGUAUAGUCCCACUGAAAACCAUUAUUUCUGAAGCAUGAGGUAAUAUUUUU